GAUUGACGACUUUAAAAUACACUGGACAAAACCGGAGGAGAGAAAGGGGAUCCUCUCUUGAUAAUCACAGAUACUCAAGCCGUACUCUGUAGUCGGUAUACGCUCAAAUGGCUGCUUUUACCCUCUCAUCCCCAGCACACCUCCCGUCUUCUCUUCGGGUAUUCUCCAAUUUUUCUUCUUCCAGAAAUGCACCUUCUCGUUGCUUCUAUUCUUUUCCCAAUCCUUCUCCUCUGUUCUCCUCCCCAAACCUUAAACAAAUAUCUUCCUUCAAGUAUCGCCGUCUCAAUCUUGUCGUUUCCGCUUUGAACAAGUUGUCGGAGACUGAGUUGGUGCCCGUUUCGCCCGAAUCCGACGGAAUAUUCCCCUCCAAUUCCGGUGUUUAUGCCGUUUAUGACGGUAGCGGCGACCUUCAAUUCGUCGGCAUAACGCGGAAUCUUGCCGCCAGUGUUCUCGCUCACAAGAAAUCUCUGCCGGAGCUCUGUUGCUCCGUAAAGGUUGGGGUUGUAGAGGAUCCUGAUAAAAAUGCUUUAACUGAAGCAUGGAAAUCAUGGAUGCAAGAACACAUAGCAGACACUGGAAAGGUUCCACCGGGAAAUGAACCAGGAAACGCAACAUGGGUAAAGAAGGCACCAAGAAAGAAGUCUGAUCUGAGGUUAACCCCUGGCCGUCACACCCAAUUGACAGUACCUUUGGAGGAUCUCAUUGACAAGCUAGUGAAAGAGAACAAAGUGGUAGCAUUCAUCAAGGGGUCAAGAAGUGCACCGUUAUGUGGAUUCUCGCAAAGGGUCGUUGCAAUUCUUGAAAGUCAGGGCGUAGAAUACGAAAGUGUAGACGUACUGGAUGAAGAGUAUAACUGUGGUUUGAGGGAGACAUUGAAGAAGUACAGUAACUGGCCUACAUUCCCUCAGAUUUUUGUUAAUGGUGAAUUGGUAGGUGGCUGUGAUAUACUGACCUCCAUGUAUGAGAAGGGUGAGCUUGCCAGUUUGUUUAAACAGUAAAGAUUACUAGUUUCAAAAUCAUAAUUCUUUUUGUUUAGAGGUGAGAUUGGAGUAUUGACUAUUGAGGAAGGCAAAAGCUAGUUAUGUGUUCUAGUGUGUCUGUAGGCUACUAGUGCCAUUAGUUUCUUGUGUUGUAUGAUUGUAUCAGUUACAAACAGGUUCCUUGAUAAUUUGAGCACAAAUUCAAAUA